UACCUGAAUCCAAACAAAAAAUGGGUAUUGGAUGAUGGAUUUAUAUAUAAUAAUAUUUGUCAAACUUGAAAUUUAAAAAUAAAAGUACUGAUAAGUAACAGUAUAUAAAUUGCACAAUCUAAGAGACAGCCUAGUUAAUUGCUUUGGAAAACAAAAGAAGAAUAAAAAAAUGGUAGCUACUAGCAAAUUGGAUAUUAGUGAAGGUUCAGACAAAUUGAUGAAUAAAACAGAGUAUGAUCGAGCAAGUGAAGUAAAAGCUUUUGAUGAAACAAAAGCUGGUGUUAAAGGACUUGUUGAUGCUGGUGUUACAGAGAUCCCUCGUAUUUUCCAUCGUCCACACGAUGAAUACUUGGACAAGAUCUCAGCUUGUGAAGAUGGAAAAAAGUUUAGCAUUCCAAUUAUCGACAUGGGAGGUCUUUUCGAAGAUGAUCAUGUUCGACGGAAGAAGAUUGUUGAAAGAGUAAAAGAAGCAUCGGAGACUUGGGGUUUCUUUCAAAUUGUGAACCACGGAAUACCUGAGAGUGUUAUGGAGGAGAUUAAGAAAGGGGUUCUUAGGUUUUAUGAGCAAGAUACUGAGGUGAAGAAACAGUUUUAUACCAGAGAUCCAAUGAGACCUGUGGUUUACAAUAGCAACUUUGAUCUGUAUAAAGCUCCAUCAACAAAUUGGAGGGACUCAUUUUUUUCUCUAAUGGCUCCUAAUCCUCCAAAGCCAGAAGACUUGCCUGAGGUUUGCCGAGACAUACUUGUGGUGUAUUCGGAGAAAAUAAUGAAAGUAGGAAUUUUAUUGUUGGAGCUGUUAUCGGAGGCACUUGGAUUGAAGCCGAACCACUUGAAGGACAUUGAUUGUGCAGAGGGGCUUGCCAUUUUAUGCCAUUACUAUCCACCAUGCCCACAGCCAGAACUGACUAUGGGAGCCAGCAAGCAUUCUGAUAAUAGCUUUAUCAGUGUGGUGCUUCAAGAUCAUAUUGGUGGUCUCCAAGUUCUCCAUCAAAACCAUUCGAUUGACAUACCUUAUAAGCCUGGUGCUUUAGUCGUUAAUAUAGGAGAUCUUCUUCAGCUAAUAUCAAAUGAUAGAUUCAAAAGUAGUGAACACAGAGUUCUAGCGAACCGUGAAGGUCCAAGAAUAUCAGUUGCAAGCUUUUUUUGCACAGGAAUGUUGCCAACAAAGAAGCUCUAUGGGCCUAUUAAGGAGUUGUUAUCUGAAGAUAAUCCUCCAAAGUAUAGGCAAACUACAGUGAGAGACUAUGUUGCAUAUUUGCACCAGAAGGGCCUUGAUGGAAAUCCCGUUUUGCCUCAUUUCAAGAUUCGAAACUAGCAAAGGCAAAAAAACAAUCCACUGUCUAGUGUUAGGUGGCUUGUGUGUGAUUAUAUAUGGUCGUCACAAAUUAAAAACAAUACCCUAUUAGUUUCUUUUUGUCAUUAUAUUUGAUGAAAUAUUAAUGCUAGUCCUUGAUAGCAGUACUAACACUGUCUCUUAUGGAUUUGAGACAAAUUAAUAAAGUAAUCUUUCUAAGUUUUGUUA